GGCUCGGCACGCACUCACUCGCCCAUAUAGAGCAGUUGCAGAGAGCUAGAGGAGUCAGAAUCCCUGAGAGCUAAGAGAGGUUAGAGACACAGAGAGAGAAUGGCCGCCGACAGGAGAACCGUAGUAGUGUACGAUGCUGAAGCCGGCGAUGACCAUGAGAGGCAAGGGACUGUGUGGACGGCGACGUCGCACAUCGUGGCGGCGGUGGUGGGCUCCGGCGUGCUGGCGCUGGCGUGGACGGUGGCGCAGCUGGGGUGGGUGGUGGGUCCCCUCGUCCUCGUGGGCUUCUCCUGCGUCACCUACUACACCUCGGCGCUGCUCGCCGACUGCUACCGCUACCCGGACCCCGUCGACGGCGCCGUCAACCGCGAGUACAUCGACGCCGUCCGAUGCUACCUCGACCGGAAGAACGUGGUGCUGUGUGGGUGCGCCCAGUACGUCAACCUGUGGGGCACUCUCGUCGGCUACACCAUCACCGCCAGCGCCAGCAUGAUCGCGGUGAAACGCGUCAACUGCUUCCACCGAGACGGGUACGGCGCGGCGGGUUGCAACCCAUCAGGGAGCACCUACAUGGUGGUCUUCGGCGUCUUCCAGCUCCUGCUCUCGCAGCUCCCCAGCCUCCACAACAUCGCCUGGCUCUCCGUCGUCGCCGUCGCCACCUCCUUCGGCUACUCCUUCAUCAGCCUGGGUCUCUGCGCCGCCAAAUGGGCCUCCCACGACGGCGGCCACGACAUCCGCGGCACGCUGGCGGGCGCCGCCGUCGACGUGCCCCGCGACAAGGCCUUCAACGUGCUCCUCGCGCUGGGCAACAUCGCCUUCUCCUACACGUUCGCCGACGUGCUCAUCGAGAUCCAGGACACGCUCAGGGCGCCGCCGGCGGAGAACACGACGAUGAAGAAGGCCUCCUUCUACGGCCUCGGCAUGACCACCGUCUUCUACCUCGCGCUCGGCUGCACUGGGUACGCCGCCUUCGGGGACGACGCGCCGGGGAACAUCUUGACUGGGUUCGCCUUCUACGAGCCCUUCUGGCUCGUCGACGUCGCCAACGUCUGCGUCAUCGUGCACCUCAUCGGCGCCUACCAGGUGUUCGCGCAGCCAAUCUUCGCCAGGCUCGAGUCCUGCGUCGCGUGCCGGUGGCCCGACGCAAAGUUCAUCAACGCCACCUACUACGUGCGCGUGCCGCCGUGCCUCCGCUCGUCGUCGAGCUCGGCGCCGGCGUCGUCGACGACAGUGGCCGUGGCGCCGCUCAAGCUGGUGCUGCGAACCAUCGUCAUCAUGUUCACGACGCUGGUGGCGAUGCUGCUGCCAUUCUUCAACGCCGUGCUGGGGCUCAUCGGAGCGCUCGGGUUCUGGCCGCUCUCCGUCUACUUCCCCGUCAGCAUGCACAUGGCCAGGCUCAAGAUCCGGCGAGGGGAGCUCCGGUGGUGGUUGCUGCAGGCCAUGAGCUUCGUCUGCCUGCUCAUCUCCAUCGCCGCCAGCAUCGGCUCCGUGCAGGACAUCGUGCACAACCUCAAGGCCGCCGCGCCAUUCAAGCCCGGAAACUGAUUCUUCAUCAUAUCAUAUCAUUAGUAAUUUAAUUAAUACUGCUGAUGAGGAGUGAUGAAUUAAUUAACUCGCUGUUAAUUAAUUUGUUAGCUGUGACUACUGUGAUGACGAUCGAGAGGGCCAGCCGGGUCGCGCCUGGCCUUUUUUUUUUUUGUUAUUUGGCAAAUUUGAUCUCUGUCGAGCAGAUUUUCUUGCUGCUAAUUCGGACGUUGAAGUAGUAAAGUAUGUAUUAUAUAUGUAAUGUAACCCCAGCUUAUUAUGGAGGAGCAAUGCAAGAAACAACAAUAAUAUUUACCAAAA